AUGUCUACACAAAACGAAGAUUUAUAUGUUGGCAUUGAUUUGGGUACCACAUUUUCAAGUUUGAGUUACUCUGACAAUAAUACAAAACGUGCUACUAUGCUUGAUUUUGGUUUUAAUAGUACAGUAUCGGCUUCGAUAGUCAAUUUUACUCAGACCCCGAUAGGCGUAUCUGUGGAAAAUGCAAGCGUCAUUGGUGAAGUCAAGAGGUUCAUUGGUCUGAAUUAUGAUGAUUUUGCUAUUAAAACAAUUUGUAAGGAACUUUCAUACAAAAUUGACAAAGAUAGCCACAACCGAAUUACAAUUCCAGUAGUUUACAACGGCAAACAAUCUCCUUUACCCCGAAGAA